CUGGUAACAGCUGAGGGAAAUGACAAGCUUGACAAAAGGUUAUUAUUUUCUGUUCUGUGCUAUGCUGAAGAUGUCCCAUGGCCACACAACCCAGGAAACUCUAGAAAUCAUGAAAGAGUCGGAAAAGCGACUGGUUGAGGAAUCUGUCAAUAGAAGUAAGACUGUAUCAAGUAAAGAGGAGCAGGAAUCUGAUGAGCCAAACUCACGACAAGAACCUCAGAGGCGGAAUCCAAGCCACGGACACGCUAGGAAAAGAGCCAAGUCUAACUCAAAGUUAAAGCUGGUCAGAGGCUUAGCUGUUUGUGAAGAAUCAUCUGGACCAUUUGUGGAUGGACCUUUAGAGCCUCAGGAUGUUAUUCAUUUGCAUAUCAGCUGUCCAUCUGAUAAGGAAGAGAAAAAUGGCAAAGAUGAGAAGGAAGAUAAAAGUAAAGAAAAGGGGCCAAAGAAAAUGUUGUCCAGAGAUUCUAGCCAAGAAUACACUGAUUCUACGGGAAUUGAUGUACAUGAAUUUCUAGUGAACACACUGAAGAAUAACCCAAGGGACAGAAUGAUGCUGCUAAAAUUAGAACAAGAAAUUCUUGAAUUUAUUAAUGACAAUAGCAAUCAGUUUAAGAAGUUUCCACAGAUGACCUCAUAUCACAGAAUGCUUUUACACCGUGCUGCUGCAUACUUUGGCAUGGAUCAUAAUGUAGAUCAAACGGGCAAAGCCGUGAUCAUCAAUAAAACCAGUAACACGCGAAUUCCUGAACAGCGAUUUUCGGAGCACAUCAAAGACGAAAAGAGCUGUGACUUCCAACAAAGGUUUAUCCUUAAAAGAGAUGAUGCCAGCAUGGACAGGGAUGAUAAUCAGAUCAGAGUUCCGUUACAAGAUGGAAGGCGGAGCAAGUCAAUAGAAGAGCGCGAGGAAGAAUAUCAACGGGUACGGGAAAGGAUUUUUGCCCGAGAGUCUGCACAGAAUGGCCAUAUUGUUGAUAGAGUCUACAGAGAAGGCUUUACCUCUAUCUCUCACAAAAGGAGACAAUUGUUUAGAGGUAACAGAGAUUUGCUGAAUCGAGGCUCUUGCAGUCGGCAGAGCAGCACUGAAAGCGAAUUAAAGUCUCUGGAUCCUCGUCCCUGGAGCAGCACAGAGUCUGAUGGGUCUUGCCGCAACAUGCGUCCUCCUGUAACCAAAGCCAGCAGCUUCAGUGGCAUCUCAAUCCUAAGUAGAGGAGACAGUAUUGGCAGCAAUAAGAAUGCCAUUAACCGAUCUGGCAGACCAGGCUUGCCGGUAGGCACUCCAGAAGUAUGCAGCCAAGCCUCCUCCUCACAACAGUCCACUCGAAGUGUCAUAUCUUGCACGGCACAGCAACCGCAUCCCCAUCCUCACCAGGCACUUCCACCCACUCCUCAGCAUCAAUCCAUGAGUAACCACUUAAUGUCACAGACCCUUCAGCCCUCACCACAACCGGUCCAGUACUCCGCCAGCUCCUGCCCCCAAGUCCUUCUGCCAGUCUCACCUCCCCAGCAGUUCAAUCUGGCUGAAGAUCUAAACAGUCACUUUGGGCAGAUGACUCUUAGUCGGCAAGGUUCCACUGAGACACAAGAUCCAGCCUCUGCCAUGUACCAGCCUCCCCUGAUAACCCAGCAUCCCCAGCAAGCCGGUUUCAUCAUGGCAUCAGGGGGACAAACCAUCCCCACAACCGGCUACCCUUCCUCAGGGCACCCUUCUCCUACUCAGCAGGUCAUCCCUCCACAGGGAUUCAUGCAACCUCCACAGCAAAUUCAGGUCUCGUAUUACCCCACGGGGCAGUACCCAAACUCUAGCCAGCAAUACCGACCUCUAUCACACCCAGGGGCCUACAAUUCACAACGCAAUCAGCAGGUCACCCAGCAGUCUCAGCAAGCAGGUAUGCAGUCUGUAAUCCCCAACCAGCCUGCUGCUUACCAAGGCAUGAUGGGAGUCCAGCAGUCUCAGAAUUCUGCCAUCCUGAACAACCAGAGAUCCAAUGUUGGAAGCCAAAUGCAGAGCAUGAUGGUGCAAUACACUCCACUCCCGUCAUAUCAAGUUCCAGUGGGCAAUGAAUCCCAGGGAGUAGUGCCGCAGACGUAUCCGCAAUCUGUGCUGGUACCCGCAAACCAGUCUGUUCAGGGAACAAUGCCUGCUGGAGGGAUGCCAGUAUAUUACAGUGUUAUACCACCGACACAGCAAAAUGGUUCCAGUCCUUCAGUUGGCUUUCUCCCACCUCCUGGCUCCGAGCAGUACCAGAUGUCUCAAUCUCCUUCGCCCUGCAGUCCUCCACAGCUGCAACAGCAGUAUUCAGGAGUAAAUCCUUCAAGUCUUGGUGUGGUGGUAAUGCAACUAAAUGUUCCAAAUGGCCCUCAGUCUUCUUCACAGAACCCACCAAUGGUCCAGUGGAACCACUGCAAAUAUUUCAGUGUUGACCAGCGGGGUCAGAAACCUGAGCAUCUUUACAGUCCAGAUGCCAAUACUCAGGCCAAUAACUUGAUGAGCAGCCCCAUGACAUCCCCAGCACAGUCACCUACACCAUCUCCAGGCUCCAACAUGAAUAGUGUGUGCACUGGGCUCUCGCCAAUCUCUGUGAUUUCACAGUUCCCCCGGCCGGUGGGACCGGCACAAGGUGAUGCUCGUUACUCUCUGCUUGGACAACCACUGCAGUACAACCUCUCUGUCUGUUCUCCAUUAUUGCACAACCAGUCACCUUAUUCAGCACAAAUGACAGGGAUGAAACAUGGAAAUCGAGGAAAGAGGCAAGCUCUGAAAUCCGCAUCCACGGACUUGGGCACAGCUGACAUAGUGCUUGGCCGGGUCCUGGAGAUCACAGACCUGCCUGAGGGCAUUACACGAGCAGAAGCAUGCAAACUUUUCACCCAGUUGGCAAUGUCUGGUGCCAAAAUCCAGUGGUUGAGGGACGCUCAGAGUCAUAACACAGGGCCUGGUGGCGACAACAAUGGACAUGCCGAAAAUGGCCGUCAAACCCAUAACAAUGACCUGGCAGCCUUGUAUACCAUCGUGGCAGUCUUCCCCAGCACCACGGCAGCACAGAAUGCCUCACUGCAGAUCAACAGCCCAAUAAGUCGCUUUAGACUGCGCAGCAUAAAAAAGAACUUGCGCAUACUGGAACGUGCCAGCUCACAAUAGCGCGUGGAAAAGGGUGGAAGGGUGGGGAGCAAGAGGACUGAAGUGAGAUUCAGGGACAUGAAAGACUCAUCCCUCAACUUUCACCAUUCUCCUCCUCUUCCCCUUUCCCCUUCCUGCCCCAAACAAGAAGCACACUGGACUUAUAAAUACAGCCUCUCCUUUCCUAGCUCCCCUUCUUUCUGUCAGCUAUAUUUUUGGAGCAGUUUCUUUGAAAACAUCUAAUUUGUUCACAGAUUAAUUUAUUUUUGUCUCUAGCAUGGCUUCAUUGUUCACUCAGUUCUAGUCUUGUGUUGUUUACCUUUCAUCAACCUUAGCUUUCCAUGUCUGAAUCUUUUUAUUUUUCAUCUCUACCACUUCUGAGAGUUGUAUGAUCUUCUUUCGGUUUUAUCUACUAAUCCAUGAAUUGUGAAGGGUGGACUGGAGAAUGACUAGUUUUAGGCCAAAAUAGCAGAGGUGGGGACAUUUGGAAAAUCUCUUCUAUUUAGAAUUAUAACCCAAACUUUUUCAUUCUGAUCAAUCCUCCACAAGUCUUGGGUUAGCAAAUGAGCCCAAUAGUCUGUUUCUCUUUCCCUUUUCCCUUUCUAUAUGUUUAAUUUGUCUUUCCUUGCCACUUUUUCCCUUUUGACUUUCAAUUUGUCCCUUUUAACCCUUUCUGCCAUACACUUGCUUUUCUCUAUCUUUUUGUUUCUUGCACAUCCAGCAUACAUUGCAUUUUACCUUGCAGUCAGUAACAGGCUCUUCUACCUAAGGGAUGAAACCAUUAUAUCUUUGUUUUCCUAUUGUCAGAUUUUUUCCCCCUCUACUGUUCUGUUGAUGUAGACAUUAACCUAUUUGCUGAUCGAGAGCAAAGGAGCUAUUUUGAAGGUAUCAAGCUGCCAUAGGGUGAUAACAUGGACAAAAUAAUUUGUUUUUUAUUUUGU